ACGACGACGCAUCGCAUCCCUAAAAACGGGUGGAAGCCAGCGCACCUUCUGUUGCUGACACAUACGCGGCUUACGGACACUUCCUCUCUGUCGGUGUCCAACCGGUUCAAGAAAAAUAAUCGUUUACGUGUGCGUGUCUCUGUGUUUGGCGAGGUGCUCUAUCCCGUCUCAUAUCUCGUCGACGUAGUUCAAGAACAUAGUGUAUAACUGUGCGUGCGUGUUCGUACUACGGUGUGUUCCUAUCUCUAUUCGUGUGCAUAAGUGUAGGUGUGAAAAACAGAGCAAACGCGGAAGUAAAUCUUGUGGAAAUCAACGGAAAGCAGUGAGACGCAGGAGAGUUUAGUUGCAUUUAGUGAAUGCCGCCGUUAGUCGGUUAGUGCGCGCUGAGGUUCGUUUAUUCGUGCGUGAAUUGUGCGUAAAAUUGUGUCCUCGUCUUGUUAGUACUCCUCCGGGAGCACAAUGCCCGCCACAUCGCCCGUAUACUACGGGAAAUCACACUACUACAGAUGCACCGACCUAGAGCUCUACGAUAGCUCCGAGGACAUCCGCGAUGAUGGAUGGGAUGAUGGUGGUGGUGGUGGUGGUGGUGGUGGUGGAGGUGGUAGAAGUGCCGGUGAUAAUGUAGAAGCUAGUGAAGAGCCAAAUGAAGAGAGUGUCCCGGAACUGGAGGGCGCAAAGGAAGAAGGGGCGCUGCUCACAGUGGCCAUCGCACGUCCGAUGCCAUCGACCACCACCGCAACAUCUGCCGAGGUUGUGCGGGACUUGCUAGUGUCCGCGCUGGCCAGGUUUACCCCAGAGCCAUCCGUGACCUCCGCGGUAUCGUUCGUGAGUCGCCUGGUCGAGUACAUUGUGGCACGCCGGGCAGAGUUUGUGAUGGCCACGACUUCGGCAACCCCGGAACCGUUGGUGGACGGUUUGUGCUGUCCUAUCUGUGAGGGUGUCCUGCGGUACCCGGUAACGGCCACCUGUGGUCACACAUUCUGCCGACAGUGUUGCUUCGGGCACAGCAGCUGCACGGUCUGUGGCCAACGGUUUCCAUCGAUCGUGCCCACCGCCCAAACGCCCUCCCUAGUGGCCACCUCCUCGACGGUGGUUUCCGACGUCGUGGCAUCUCCGUCAACAUCGAGCACAGUACCGGCCAGCAUCAGUGGUGGCGUUAGUGCGUCGCUGGAGUUGACACGCUACGGCGCUGUUGACAGUUCCUCGACUACAACCGUUGGAUUCGAGCAGGACAUUCUGAUCCGGCGGCUCGUCGAACGCUGGUGGGGUCCGGAGCUGAAAGCGGCCGAGCUGCAGGAGGAAGCGCAACGCCACCUGGAGGCGCACUCGCUCGAUGAGGCUCUACGCUGCUGCAAUCAAAGUCUAGAGCACGCACCCAACAGCGCCAAGGGACUGCAGCUGCGGUCGGAAGUACUCUACCGUCUGCAGCACUAUCAGAGUGCACUGGCCGACGCGGACAGUGCCAUCAAAUGCCAUCCCCUGUCGCAUAAGGCUUACUACUGCAGGGCACUAUCGCUUUCUGCUCUACAGCGACACGAAGACGCAAUCGUGGCACGCUGUCUCUCACUGUUCCUGGAUCGCCAAUCGGUCGGUGUGCCGGAUGAGCUCAAAUCGGAGCUACUACAAGAUCUUCAGCAACUCUUUGCACCCUCGACGAGGUCCGCCAUCGUACGAUCCCCGACGGUCGAUCCACUCGCCACGAUCUUCGACAGUUCCUACGAGCUGAUGGCAGGUUGCCGGAAGCGGCGCCACCAUCGGCCACUGCUCGCACCACAACGGCGCAAAGCGAAGAAACAAUUCGUCACCCUGCGUCAGGCGGAUUUCGAUGGGGACCAUUCCGAUUACGGUGACGUCGGUGAGGACUACCUGAGCGCUGGGAGUCUUCUGUUCGACUACAUGGACGAUCCGUUCUGUGAAUCCGUGGAAGAACCACCAACGCGGCGGCAUCACCACCAGCGACAACACCGCAGUCACCACCGGAGGCGUAGGAAAGUGGACGCCGGAGGACGUGGCCAUGGUUCGAGUCUCGAGGAGCAACAACCGGAGUUGAGCGAGACGCAGGAAGGACUGCGAGUAGCGGACCAGCACCUGCGGGACCACCGGUACCAUCAGCAGGUUGAUUGUGGCGAGCAUGACAUUCCCAUCCCGGUGAACGGCCAGAAGAGGCUGCGCUCGUUGCUGGAUCGCAUCGAUUGCGAGCUGGAGGCGGUACGGUGGGGUGACAUGACACCGGUCCGGUUACCGGUCAAUCCGGCCCUGAUCGAACCGUCGGACUUUGACUGCGUGCUGUGCGGCCGGAUGCUCUGGCGUCCGGUAGUGACACCGUGCGGUCACACCUACUGCUGGGUUUGUCUCGACCGUUGUAUGGACUACUCUUCCUCCUGUCCGCUCUGUAUGGCACCGUUGGUGGAGCAGUUCCGGCAUCAUCUCAGCUCCGCGGGCACCGUGGCCCAACAAAGCGCCACCAGCGGUGGUAGUGAUGUAGCGCGAGGGACAACCCCGGGCAGCAGUACCCCAACCGCAAACCUGAUCUCACUGGCGAAGCGAAAGAUGACGCGCUUCGUCGAUCUCGCCAUGCAGCGCUUCAUCCCGGAGGCGUAUGAGAGGCGCCAGCAGCAGGAACAGGACCGUGAACCAACCGUACCGGUCUUCAUCUGCACUACCGCUUUCCCCUCGGUCCCGUGCCCACUGUUCGUCUACGAACAACGGUACCGGUUGAUGGUACGGCGUGCGAUCGAAAGUGGUGAACGACAGUUUGGCAUUGCACUCCCAACGGCCAACAGUCGCCAGCGGUACGUCGAGUAUGGGACGAUGCUGGACAUACGGGACUGUGUGCAGCUCGGUGAUGGUUGCUCCAUCCUGUCGACCGUCGGUGGUCGGCGGUUUCGUGUAGUGGCACGCCACGAGAAGGACGGUUACGAUACGGCCAAUGUGGAGUUUUUCGAGGACGAGAAACUGGCCGUCGUCACUGAGGAUGGUGAGGCGGAGGAGCGACUCCAAUCGGUCCGGGAGCUGCACGAGAAGGUGCUACUGAAGGCGAUCGGUUGGCACCAGAGCCUCCCGGAGACGAUUCGGUGCGAAAUCUUCAAGAGUUUCGGCAAAAUGCCGGACCUGGAGGAUAACUGGGAGGAUGUGGCCGAUGGGCCGGCGUGGGCCUGGUGGAUCAUCGCCAUACUGCCGCUCAACGAUAAGCUCAAGGUUGACAUCCUUUCGACGACCAGCCUCGAGAAGCGGUUGCGUGCCAUCGACAAGACGCUGAACCUGGAGUCGGCCCAACAGAAGCGCCAGCGAUCGGUGUGCGUGGCAAUGGCCACGACCGGCGCUACGACCGCCUGCUGUGAAGGACUAUCAUCGACGCAACAGUGCCAGGCACUUGACUGUUGCCUGCGAGAAAGAACUACCUCAAGCGUUCAUAAUCACCACGAUGCCGAGCGGCGAGAGAUGUUGACGCCGAAUCCGCACCACCAUCUGCAUCACCAUCAUCACCACCACCACCAUCAUCAUCAUCAUCAUCACCACCACCAUCACCAUCCUCUGAGCUCGGCCGGGGACGAGUACCUGCUGUAGGAGAAUCAGCUCAGUGACGCCAACCCCCGUCGGUAUUCUUACUCUCUUCCCCACACAAAAUGGUGGCACGGCCAGAUCUCAUCGAUCGAUGCUGUGCAUCUCGCUCGUGCGCAGUCAUCAUCGGACCGGCAGUCAUCCGCUCGCCCUCUCCCUCCGCUUUGUAUGCUGUAGCCGCGGUGCAGACGCGGAACAAUCGCGUGUCUAUUAUGUAAUAAUCGAUCUUAAUCCUUACAACAACAACAAAAAAAACUCAAUCGAAACGCAACCGAUGGAUCAAUAGUCAGUCAGGCGUCAGGCGGUGGACGGAGGCAGAGCUGCGGGACCUUCAGGACAUUUGCGGUGUUCUCCAGCGUCCUUUUUGUGAUGAUGAUGAUGAUGAUGCGAGAUUUUCUGUGGGAAUGUUGGAAGAUUGUUUGUGGAAAAACAGAGGGGCAAGGGUGGUACAAGUACAAGACUCCGGGACCCAGGGUGAUGUCCAGAUGCAUUUCAGAUUUUUGGGGGUAAGAAUGUGAUUGUGAUUUGGGGCGGCGCACGAUUUGAUGCGGGCGAGCGCGGUGGACCUCGGUGUCCAGUAUAUCCCGUAAUAUCCGUUAAGCAAAUCAAGCUUUAAUGAUUGUAAUAUUCCAAAACGCCAAAUGACUUUUUUCCAACCACCACACCACAUCUUCACUCAAAAUCAAUGAUCCAGCGGAAUAACGUUCCGGAUUUUUUCUUUUUUACUCAAGUCAAGUCUUCUAACGGAUCUUCUGCAUCGCUCGAAUGCUGAAUGAUCUCGCUUUCGCGAUUCUCGCUCUCAACUCUCUAGCCUCUAGCUGUUCCUUCCUUCUAUCCACCGUGAACACCACACAAAACAGCGUUUCCUUCCGGUUUUCUCCUUUCUAGAACAUACCAUUUGUAUCGCUUUUUGGCCGGCUCGGGCACUUGGUACAGAGCACGCCAUCAUCGCGCUCCGCGUUACCGCCAAACAAACGAGCACGCGGGGGCAAGCGCGGACGAAAAUAAAUGAUUAAGCAAA